GUUAUUAGGUCGACUUUCUUCAAGUGCAGAUAGAACAGACUAGAAUAAAAUUUGAUAUAAGAUAUACUGGCAGUUUCCGGAAGGUCAGUUGCCCGUAAAAUGUCGCGAUUGCCGCAUGUCUGUGGUCUUUGUCUGCUGAUGCGACUUUGGCAGCUCUUGGCCUUGGCUCCGUUUCGGAUUCAAGGUCGGAGGGGGGCUAGAUGCCAUCGUUUCGUGACCCUGAUCGGGGUCUUAAGAUGGCUCCUGCUUACAUCCCUAGCACCUGUGCUCCUGUGGCAAAGCGCCGCCAUGUACGAGGCCACCAAUGUCCGUCACUCUGCGAUCUUCAAGGGAAUUGCGCUGGCCACGAUGACGGGGGAUGUCUGCAUAUCCUUGGCUCUCCUGGGCGCCCACCUUUAUCGUCGUCAGGACUUGGCCAGGCUGGUAAGCUCCCUGGUCAAGUUGCAUCACCGACGGAGGCUGAGCUGGUGGAGCACACUGUUCCUGUGGCUGAAGCUGCUCCUCUCCCUCUACGAACUUCUGUGCAACGUGCCCUUCCUCCAGGGAGCCGGGAGACGCCUGCCGUGGUCACAGCUUCUGGCCUAUGGCCUCCAGCUCUACGUGCAGCAUGUGAGCAGUGUCUACGCGAACGGAGUGUUCGGCGGCAUACUUCUGAUCCUGGAGUGCUUCGGGCAGCAGGAACGUGAGCUUGAGCCCAGAUUGGGGCAACUCUUGCGAAGGGAAUACAGGUGGGCAGCCUUGUUUCUGAGAUUUGUGAAACUUUUCCAGCUAGGCAUCUUCCUGCUGGUCAUCGGAGGCUUUGUCAACAUCCUGGCCAACAUGUACGCCUUUAUGUCCUACUUUGUAUCGCAGCACGGCGUUCCCCUCACGAUAUCCAACAACUGUCUGAUUGUGACUCUGCAACUGUACGCCUUGAUCCUCGCCGCUCACCUCUGCCAGGUGAAGGCGAGUCAUUUGCGUAGGCAUUGUUUGGAACUGGGUUAUACUCCUCCAGGACUAACGCAGGAGCAGGCCAAGGCGCCAACGCCUUACCCCCUGGUCUCGCCCACAGCAAGUUACAAGUUUCGCGUUUUGGGUCUGUUUUCGUUGGACAACUCCUUUUGGCUUUUCCUGGUCUCAUACGCCAUGAACUUCAUUGUGGUUAUCCUGCAGUUCACCCUGGAGCAUAUGAAAAAUGCAAAGCCCAACUGAACGGAUUAAUAUUUAUA